UUCCAGUGGUGAGGAAACAGGACAUUUAAUCACAACUCAACCAAACAUUUUCACAUUUUUGGUCCAACCGGGUCUGGUCGGUUUACUUCGGGAUAUAUUUGCCUAAACCCCCCCUCUGGUGCUUCAGGCUCUUCCAAAAUACUCUCAGUUUUCGGUGUGUGUGUUUCUGCAGACACACCCUCUGAAGUGAAGGAGCGGAAACCGUUUGACAGUUUAUUCCUUUUAUCUGUUUUUUAUCACAUAUUUAAUUAUGGCCUUUCCAGGAUACGGUGCAGCCCCCGGUGGAGCCGCGCAGGAUCCAAUCUACGGAUAUUUUUCAGCUGUAGCUGGACAGGAUGGACAGAUCUCAGCAGACGAGCUGCAGCUCUGCCUCACACAGUCCGGCAUCUCUGGCUCGUACAAACCAUUCAGCCUGGAGACCUGCAGACUGAUGAUCACCAUGCUGGAUAGGGACAUGUCCAACAGUAUGGGUUUUACUGAGUUCAAGGAGCUGUGGCAGUCGGUGAACGGCUGGAAGAACACCUUCGCCUCCUACGACCGCGACCGCAGCGGGACGGUGGAGGGCCACGAGCUGCAGCAGGCCUUCGCCGCCAUGGGUUACAAUCUGAGCCCUCAGGCGAUGAGCAUCAUCAUGAACCGCUACAGCGUGCACGGCCGAAUCGGGUUCGACGACUUCAUGAGCUGCUGCAUUAAACUCCGCGCGCUGACUGAUCAGUUCCGGAGGAGAGACACGACGCAAACCGGCAGAGCCACAUUUCAUUUUGAUGAGUUUAUCCAGGUCACCAUGAACAUAUGAAGGAGGGAAACGUCACAUUAACAGCAUGAACUCUCUCUAUUUUAAAUAGUUUUACUCAUUGUAAACAACGGUUAAGAUGCCACUUUUUCACGUUCCUAACUAAUGCAUAUUUUUAUUUUAACAUAACUACUAAUAACUAUAAAGGAACCUCAAGCUGGACCAAUGAUGAUAACCCCUGUGUGCCUAUGUGUGUGAACAUGUAAGAAAGAAAUAAAACUGUCAUAUAAAUCUGA